AUGCACGGGUUUGCCGAUGCAUCGAAAAGAGCCUACGGAUGCUGUAUUUAUAUACGAACCAUCUGCGAUGAUGACGUCACUGUACAUUUGUGGAGUGCUAAAUCAAGAGUAGCACCACUGAAGACGCAAUCCCUGCCAAGGCUAGAAUUGCUGGGAGCUGAACUGUUAUCAAAGUUGGUAACGAAGACGAAGGCUAAUUUUCCGAUAAAAAUUGAUGGUACCUAUUUGUGGACUGAUUCGGAAAUCGUACUGGACUGGCUAAGUGAGCAUCCUUCAAAUUGGAAUACUUUUGUUGCCAACAGGGUGUCGUCAAUUCAAGAAGAAACUAAAGAUUACAUAUGGCGUCAUGUCCCCUCCAAAUCCAACGCAGCGGAUAUAAUAUCAAGAGGUGCGUAUGCGAAUGAAUUGCUGGAUUCGUUUUGGUUUACAGGGCCUAGUUUCUUGAAGAAAACGUGUGAUGAGUGGCCAGAAAAUAAAUCAAGGAAGAAACGAGCUGAUGUCGAUGAAGAGAGAAGUACUACGGCUACUACAUUGCUUAUUAAACCUACUGCCAACAAUUUUCCCCCUGAAAAAGCUAAAGAAGAAGAUAUAAAACAAUCGUUCAUUGUGUGGAUGGAGACUUAUAGAGAUUUUGAAAAGCUGCAAAAAAUUAUUGUUUGCCUGUAUAGUUUUCGUAAUCGUACAAAGGAUAUGAGCGAAAAAUUAGAUGAAGCGCUGAUUCGAAUAGUAUAUUGUGUGCAGCAGUAUUAUUUUAGUGAAGAAAUUGCUUUGCUGUUAAAAAAUCGUGAAUUGCCUGCAACAAGUAAAUACAAAAGCCUCAGUCUUUUUAUAGAAAGUCAACAUGGUGUACCCUUGCUACGUGUUGGUGGUAGAUUGGCGAAUUCAGAUUUGCCCUAUGACGCAAAACAUCAAAUUCUCCUGCCGAAUAAUUCAGAAACAGUUAAAAGUUAUAUAAGAUUUCUUCAUAUGAAAUAUCUGCAUGCUGGUACUCAAGCCUUAAUGGCUAUCAUCAGACAGCGGUUCUGGGUCUUCCGUGCUAGAAGUGUCAUACGUUCUGUGACUGGUAGCUGUCUUCAAUGCUUUAGAUGUCGUCCAAGACUUAGCAACCAAAUUAUGAGCGACUUGCCGCAUUCAAGAGUAGCCGUUGCGAAGCCGUUCACUGUUACUGGUGUGGAUUUCUGUGGUCCUAUUACAACUACAUAUAAACUGAGAGGUUGUCGUACAACGAAAAGCUACAUUGCUGUUUUUAUAUGUUUUAGCACAAAGGCUAUACAUAUGGAGGUGGUCUCCGAUUUGACUGCAAAGGCCUUCUUGGCAUCAUUGAAAAGAUUUGUGGCUCGUCGAGGUUUAUGCACGCAGCUGUUCUGUGAUAAUGCUACAAACUUCGUAGGUACCCGUAGAGAGCUAGAAGAAAUGAAGAAGACGUUUUUUGAUCAACAAGUUCAAGGUAAAAUAUCAAAAUAUUGCGCUGCUAACAAUAUUCAAUUUUGCCACAUUCCACCGCGAUCACCCCACUUUGGCGGAUUAUGGGAGGCGGCUGUAAAGUCAGCCAAAUACCAUUUAGCUAGAAUUUUGGGUCAAUCGCAUUUGACAUUUGAAGAGCUUACAACAGUGGUUACUGAAGUGGAAGCUGUCUUAAACUCAAGGCCGUUGACAGCUAUCUCCAAUGAUCCGAAUGAUGAAGCUGUUUUGACUCCUGCCCAUUUUUUGACUGGUGGUCCGUUGGUGGGCAUUGCUGAACCUACUGUCGACAGCAAAGACUGGUCUCACUUAGACAGAUGGCUAAGAAUUUCUGCUAUACAACAACAUUUUUGGAAGAGAUGGUCGAUGGAGUAUCUCCAUGAACUUCAACAAAAAGUCAAGUGGACCAAGAAACAGAAAAACUUAAAUGAAGGUGAUCUGGUGUUAGUUGCCGAAGAUAAUAUGCCCCCUAAGCAAUGGUUAAUUGGUAGAGUUCUCAAUGUAGUUAGAGAUCAAAAUGGUUCUGUACGAGUAGCAGGUAUUAAAACAAAGAAUGGUGAGAUUCAACGAGCUAUUCAUAAAUUGGCUCCCAUACCAAAAGAAGAUUGA